UGAUCCAUCAAUUUAUCCUAUCGCAUUAAGUGAAAUUAUAAAUUAUAAUAAAACUAGAAAAGAAUCAUUAGAAAAAAGAUUUAUGGUAGAAUCAACUGGUGUUUAUUUAGAAGCUUAUUAUCAUAUUCUUAAAACUCUUCAAACUACAAAUCCUUCUUCUUUACCUUUUGAAAAAUAUUUAGCUCCUAAUUUUGAUGAUAUGAAUAAUGAUGAAAAUAAGAAAGGAAAAAUGAAGGAGGGAGAGAACUAUACUCUUGAUAUUAAAGUUGAAAAUCCUAUAUAUACUAGAGCUCCAGGAUUUCGAUUUGAUUUAUCGAUUUUAUGUAAAAAUCAACAUAAUAUACAAUUAAAUGUUGCUGAUGAAUGUACUCAUGAUGAAGUAGCAAAAAAUAUCGUUAAAUAUAGUAAUAUUGGUAAAUUACCAAAUGGAACUCCUUAUGGAUUGGACGAAACUCAAGCCAAGGCGUUGAUAUCAUCCUUAACACGUGAAAUUGCGUUAGUUGAAGGACCACCUGGUACAGGUAAAACUGUAGUUGGUGUUCAAAUAAUGAAAGUAUUAUUAGCCAAUGAAAAUCGAAAAGCAAAAGUUGGGCCAAUUCUAACCAUUUGUUUUACUAAUCACGCUCUUGAUCAAUUCUUGGAGCAUUUACUUGAUGAAAAUAUAACUAAUAUAGUGAGGUUAGGUUCUCGAUCGAAAUCUGAAAAGAUCAAAGAAUUUAGUUUAGAAGAAGUUUGUAGAAAUCGUGCUCGUACUAAAAAAGAAUCUUAUUUAUUAGCAAAAUUAUAUGAAGAGAUUGAAAAAAUAGGAAGUGAUACUGAAAAAGUAAAAAAUACUUUAUUUAGAAGAUGGAUGAGAUGGAGUGAUAUAAAAGAUUAUUUAAUGGCUGAAGAGAGAAGAUUUUACGAUAAAUUUGUUAAUAUAACUGAAAAUGAUUUACCAAGUUGGGUUUUAGGAACUGAUGAUGAUGAUGGGUUUCAGACUGUUAAAAAAAAUAAUAAACAAAAGAGAAUAUAUCCAUUUGAGGAAUGGACAAAAGGAGGUGAUAUUACAAUAAUUAAAAAGAGAAAGGAACUUUUAUUAAAUCCACCGAUAAGUAAUAAGAAAAUUGUCAAAAGUGGAUCAAAUGCAAAUACGUAUGAAUUAUUAAGAGAAGAGUUCGAAGAUGAAAAGGAUAUAAGUGAUGAUGAAUCACAAAUUGAUCAUUAUACAAUAGAAUGGAUCAAAAAUUACGAAGAACCAGAAACGGAUCGACCUUUGGAUGUAUUAUUAAACGAUCAUUCAGUUUGGAAUAUGUCAAUAAUAGAAAGACAUAAACUUCAUGAUUAUUGGCGUACAAAAAUUUAUAAUGAAAUUGUGGAAAAAUUGUCAGAAUUACAAGAAAGACAUGGAAAAAAAAUUAAAGAAAUGAAUGACAUUUAUGAUGAAGCACGUCGUCAAGUAUUAUUAAAAAGUGACGUUAUCGGUAUGACUACGAACGGUGCAGCUAAAUUCCAACAAUUAAUUAGAUCAAUUGGCCCAAGAAUUAUCAUUUGUGAAGAAGCAGGAGAAGUGUUAGAGGCUCACAUUCUUAGCGCAUUAACCCCAUCGACCCAACAUUUGAUAUUGAUAGGUGAUCACAAACAACUUCGACCUCACAUUGCAACUUAUUCUCUUAGUAUGGAUUCAACAGCGGGAAAGAAUUAUCAAUUGGAUAAAUCAUUAUUUGAAAGAUUAGUUUAUGGUGAUAAAGCAGUUAAAAUUGAGAAGGUUCAACUUUUGACCCAAAGACGAAUGAGAGGAGAAAUAUCAGAUUUAAUUAGACGCACACUUUAUCCAAAUUUAAUUGAUGGCGAUAAUACUACAACAUACGAGAAUGUACGUGGAGCUCAACAUAAUGUAUAUUUUGUUGAACAUAGAAAUCCAGAAGAUAGUUCAGGUGGAGAGUAUGCAAUAAAAUCUCAUGUGAAUAGAUAUGAAGUUAGAAUGGUCGUUGAGAUGGUAAAAUAUUUCGUCAGAAAUGGAUAUACUAAACCCGAUGAUAUAGCUAUACUUACUCCUUAUUUAGGACAAAUGAUUAAAAUUAGAGAUGCUUUAGCUAAAUCAUUUGUUGUUGUCAUUGACGAAAGAGAUGCGCUAAAUAUUGCUGAGAUGGAAGAACAAGAACAACAAGGUGAAACAAAUACUAGUUAUGUAGAAACUGUAAGCGUUGCAUCAAAAAAAUCAUUAAAUCAACAGGUUACUUUAAGGACCGUUGAUAAUUUCCAAGGUGAAGAGGCAAACAUAAUUAUUGUUUCUCUAGUUCGUAAUUUCACUCAAUCAGGUAGACAUGAAUCUAUUGGAUUCCUAAAAAGCCCGAACAGAAGUAACGUAUUAUUGUCACGCGCUCGUAAAGGAAUGUAUCUCAUUGGUAAUUCUGAAUUAAUGGCAAUGAAAUCUCAAGAUAUGUGGACUCCAGUAAUUAAUAUUUUAAAUGAUCGUAAACAAGUUGGUUUUGGUAUGCCAAUUGUAUGUAAUAAACAUCCUGAUUAUAAAAAUAUCAUCAUUGAUCCUGAUCAGUUUGAACAAGUUAGUCCAGAUGGUGGAUGUUAUGAAAAUUGUAAUAUGUCACUUCCUUGCGGACACAUAUGUAAAUAUAAGUGUCACUCAGAUGAUCCUGAACAUAUUGGAGUAAGAUGUAACGAACCUUGUAUAAGAUUACAUCCGGAAUGUAGCCAUCCAUGUCCAAAACUUUGCUCUGAUUAUUGUGGAAAAUGCGAGUUUCUUAUCGGAGAUAUUAUAUUACCUGGUUGUGGUCAUGAAAUAAAAAAUGCCAAAUGUUGGCAAGAUCGAUCUAAGGAUUCACUUAGAUGUACAAUCUUAGUUUCUAAAAAAUUACCAUAUUGUGAGCAUUAUCAAGAUACUUACUGCUCUGAUUCUGUUGAUAAUGUCAAAUGUACAGAAAAAUGCAGAAAACAAUUGGAAUGUGGACAUGAAUGUUUAAAUGAAUGUUAUAAAUGUCAAGAUCUCUCUAAACCACAUGAAGAGCCCGAAAAUGAGGAAACAAAAGAUGAAACAAAAGAAGAAACAAAAAUAAUCGUUCCUAUUGAACGAACACAACAUGGAAAAUGUAAAAUUGUAUGUGACAGAUUAUUAUUUUGUGGGCAUGCAUGUAAACUUUACUGUCAUGAAGGAAGAGAAUGCCCACCAUGUAAGAAUCUUUGUACAGUGAUAUGUGAACAUACAUCAUGUCACAAGCAUUGUUUAGAUCCCUGUGCUGUAUGUGCAGAAAAAUGUUUAUGGGAAUGUAAACAUCAAGGAAGAUGUGAAUUAAGUUGUGGAGCUCCUUGUUAUAGAUUACCUUGCAACGAAAGAUGUAAUAAAGUAUUGGAAUGUGGACAUAAAUGUGCCGGAGUUUGUGGCGAGAUCUGCCCUUCAAAAGAUUUUUGUGUUAAUUGUGCUCCUGAAAAAGUUAAAAAUCAAGUGUCAGAUAUGAUUAUUAAUAGUACGUUUAGUGAAGUAGAUUGGGAACAAGAAAGAAUGAUUGUUCUUACUUGUGGGCAUGUAUAUACUAUGGAAACUAUGGAUAUGCAUAUGGAAAUGAAAGAUUAUUAUGAAGGUUCAAUCGAAGGAGGGUGGACAUCAAUUAAAAUACUUCCAACUUCACCAAUGAAUAUGAAAACGUGUCCAACAUGUAGAGCACCAAUUAAAGGCGUCAGGAGAUACGGGAGAAUAAUUAAUAAAUACACAUUAGAUAUACAAAAUAAGAAAUUCCUGUCAAAAUAUGAUCGUCUAUUAAAAGAAGUUGCCAACUCAAUUACUUUUCUAAAGAAUAAAUUGGUUAAUAAGAGAAAAGGAUUAAAAAAUGCUUUACCGAAACACGAAUUUAGGCAAACUGAAGUUGUGCUUAAAGAACAUAAUGUUAUAAACGAAAAUUUACCUGAAAUCCUACCUCAUGAUUAUUUUGAGGAUAUUGAAAUUUAUCAUGGGUUUGAUAAAAUUAGCAAGAAAGCAUGGAUUACUCAUAUUAGAAAAUUUUUAAAUUGUUAUCAGAGACUAAUUUUAAUUAUUGAGGAUACGAAAUUACCACCUCAUAAAAAAGCCUUCGAAGCCGCCGUUUCAAGUUUAUAUCAAGCUAAAUUAGCACAAGAAGAUUCUAUAAAUGAUUUGGUUGAAAAUUUAUUGAAUUUUCAAAUUUCGGAUGAUUCUUCCUCCUCUUUUGAUCAUUCUUUACCAUAUGUUAAUGCUUUAAAAUCAACUCCAUCCGAAACUUUUCAAGAAACGCUUUCACAAGUAGGAAUUUCAAUACCACAAGUAGAUCGUAGAAUUUAUUUGGAUGCAUUUUUUGAAAUCAUCAAUAUACAAAAAAUUUUGCAUCACGAAAUUUUAUUCAUAAUUCAAGAAUUAUCAAAGGAAAUAACAUCUUUUAUUAUUAUAUCAGCUGAAAAUGAAAAUGUCUUAAGUAUUAAAGAAGUUUGGAAAAACUUUAUUGAAAGAUUACAACUUUCUAUUCAAAAUCAUUUAAAUACAAUAAGAGAAGUGGCUGAAUCUACUCAUUAUGGUAGACAUUUACUUUUGGUUGAUGUAGAAAUAUUAGAUUUUGACCUUAAAUUGCUCAGAUAUCAAUUAAGAUUUCCUCCUAAUGGAAGUAGCGUAGUCGGUAGAGCACUUCAAGAAAGAAUUACAGAAAAAUGCGAGAAUAUUAGAGAACGUAUUGCAAAUAUUAUUGACAGUCAGAGAUAUAAAAAUUCCGAAGAGGGAUUUAGGGAUGGCCUUUACAAGAGACUAGCAAAUUUAUUGGAAAAUUGUAAUGAAGUUGAAAAUUGUGCAAUGAAUUUGAGUAGAACAUUAAGUAUUGAAGAAAAGUUAGAGAUUCAUCGAGCUAUGAAAUCAGAAUUUAACAGUUCAGGACAUUGGUAUGAAUGUCCAAAUGGACAUCCGUACACGAUUGGGGAAUGUGGUGGAGCUAUGCAAUUGAGUAGAUGUCCUGAUUGCCAUGAGCAAAUUGGUGGAGGUGAUCAUCAAUUAACCUCCGGAAAUAGAAUAAAUUCAGAAUUUGGUUCUAUGUACUGAUAAUUUUGCAAUGUAUCUAUUUAUUAUUUAUUUUUCUUUUUUGAAUUUUAUUUCAUUAUAAAUACUUUAUUUGCU